GCAAUGGCCUGGGGGGAUGUGGAGCCCCUCCUCCUGGGUGAGGGGCUGGGCCUGGGCCCUGACACAGUGCUGUGGAGGAGCCAGGGGAGCUGCUGGGCGCCAAGGUGGGGAAGACCUACUUACCUGGCAGAGUGAAAAGCUGCCCACAGGAGUGGAUGGAGGUUUUCUGGGAGUCAGCAUGUGGAGAGGGCCGAACGUGAACUGCGUCGACAGCACUGGCUACACACCACUGCACCACGCCGCUCUGAACGGCCACAGGGAUGUGGUCGAGGUUCUUCUGAGGAACGACGCGCUGACCAAUGUGGCCGACUCUAAAGGCUGUUACCCCCUGCACUUGGCAGCCUGGAAGGGAGAUGCCCAGAUAGUGCGCCUGCUCAUCCACCAAGGGCCCUCGCACACCAAAGUCAACGAACAGAAUGCUCUUGAGAUCAAAGAACUCAAAAAGCACGGCCCCUUUGACCCCUAUAUCAAUGCCAAGAACAAUGACAACGAGACAGCCCUGCACUGCGCCGCGCAGUAUGGCCACACGGAGGUGGUAAAGGUGCUGUUGGAGGAGCUCACGGACCCCACCAUGCGCAACAACAAAUUUGAGACCCCUCUGGACCUGGCAGCGCUCUACGGGCGGCUGGAGGUGGUGAAGAUGCUGCUGAACGCCCACCCCAACCUCUUGAGCUGCAACACCAAGAAGCACACGCCCCUGCACCUGGCGGCGCGGAACGGCCACAAGGCUGUGGUCCAGGUCCUCCUUGAUGCCGGCAUGGACAGCAACUACCAGACGGAGAUGGGCAGUGCUUUGCAUGAGGCUGCUUUGUUUGGCAAGACCGAUGUGGUGCAAAUCCUGCUGGCUGCAGGAAUCGAUGUCAACAUAAAAGAUAACCAUGGGCUGACUGCCCUAGACACUGUCCGGGAGCUGCCUUCCCAGAAGAGCCAGCAGAUAGCAGCACUUAUUGAAGAUCACAUGACUAGAAAAAGAAGUGCAAAAGACGUAGAUAAAACUUCCACACCGCAGCCACCUCUCCGCUCCGGCCUGGACUCCAUAGCACAGAAGUCUCAGGGUGACACAGAGAAAGUGGUGACUGAGCUGAUCAUCGAUUUUGAUACCAGCGCCGAGGAAGAGGGACCCUACGAGGCUCUGUACAAUGCUGUCUCCUGCCACUCACUGGACAGCUCGACCAGCGGCCGGUCGUCGGACCGAGAGUCCACGAGCAGGGAGGCUGAGGCUGCUGGCACGAGGACUGCCGGAGUGAGGCCGAGGGAAUGUCCACCGCCUCCAGCAAAGCCACCACCUGAUGAAGAGGAGGAAGAUCGAAUAGAUAAGAAGUAUUUCCCCCUGACAGCUUCUGAGGUCCUGGCCAUGCGACCCAGGGCUGCAGGGAGUACAGCCCGGGAAGAGGACGAACACCCUUAUGAGCUGCUCUUAACAGCGGAGACGAAGAAACUGGUGUUGGUGGAAGGAAAAACAAAAGACCACAGGCAGAGCGGCGGCGGCCGGAGCCAGGACUCUGUGGAGGGGCAGGACGGGCAGGUCCCAGAGCAGUUCUCAGGUCUCCUCCACGGCUCCUCCCCGGUGUGCGAGGUGGGGCAGGACCCUUUCCAGCUGCUGUCUGCCGCAGGCCAGAGCCACCCAGACGGGUCCCCGGCGCAGGCUGCCUGCCACGAGGCCAGCAUGCAGCCGGGGGAGUCAGGCGUACACCCUGCCGGCAUCUCGCAGCCCAGCAGCCUGGACCAGAGCAGGACCACAGGCUACCCGGCAGGCCUGCCCUCUGCCAGCGGCCAGUUGCACCCCGAAACCGUGACUCACCCUGCGCCCCCGCACCCUGCUGGUGCCGAGGAAGAAGGAGCCCGGAGCGGGGCCAGGAGCCGAGCCCCUCCCACCAGCAGACCCAGAGCCGAGCUCAGACUCAGCCGCAGCCUGUCCAAGUCUGACUCUGAUCUGCUGGCCUGCUCGCCCACGGAGGACGCGCCGAUGGGCAGCCGAAGCGAGUCCCUGUCCAGCUGUAGCAUCGGGAAGAAGAGGCUGGAGAAGGCGCCCUCCUUCGCCUCUGAGUGGGACGAGAUUGAGAAGAUCAUGAGUUCAAUUGGAGAAGGGAUCGACUUUUCUCAGGAACAGCAGAGGAUCUCAGGUUCACAGACAUUGGAGCAGAGCGUCGGGGAGUGGCUGGAGUCGCUCGGGCUGCAGCAGUAUGAGAGCAAGUUGCUUCUGAAUGGUUUUGAUGAUGUCCGCUUCCUGGGACCUAAUGUGAUGGAAGAGCAGGACCUGCGGGAGAUCGGCAUCAGCGACCCCCAGCACCGGCGGAAGCUCCUCCAGGCCGCGCGUUCCCUACCCAAGGUGAAGGCCCUGGGCUGCGAUGGGCACAGCCCCCCAUCAGUGCCCUCCUGGCUGGACUCCCUGGGGCUGCAGGACUACGUCCACUCCUUCCUGUCCAGCGGCUACAGCUCCACUGACACUGUGAAGAACCUCUGGGAGCUGGAGCUGGUCAACGUCCUGAAGGUCCAUCUGCUGGGCCACCGCAAGCGCAUCAUCGCCUCCCUAGCGGACAGGCCCUACGAGGAGCCGCCACAGAAGCCGCCGCGGUUCUCCCAGCUGCGAUGCCAAGACCUGCUCUCCCAGACGUCAUCCCCGCUGAGCCAGAGCGAUUCCUGCACCGGGCGGUCGGCAGACCUGCUGCUGCCUUCAGGGGACACGAGCAGGCGGCGACACGAUAGCCUUCAGGACCCUGCAGCUCCCUCUCGAGCCGAGCACUUCCGAGUCCAGGAGGAGCCCCGCGAGGCCAAGCUGACCCUGCGGCCACCCAGCCUGGCCGCCCCCUAUGCCCCCGUGCAGAGCUGGCAGCACCAGCCGGAGAAACUCAUCUUCGAGUCCUGUGGUUAUGAGGCCAACUACCUGGGCUCCAUGCUCAUCAAAGACCUGCGAGGGACGGAGUCCACUCAAGACGCCUGUGCCAAGAUGCGGAAAUCCACCGAGCACAUGAAGAAGAUCCCCACCAUCAUCCUGUCCAUCACGUACAAGGGCGUCAAGUUCAUCGACGCUUCCAACAAGAACGUCAUUGCAGAGCACGAGAUCCGGAACAUUUCCUGUGCGGCCCAGGACCCAGAGGACCUGUGCACCUUCGCCUACAUCACCAAGGACCUGCAGACCAGCCACCACUACUGCCACGUCUUCAGCACGGUGGAUGUGAACCUGACGUACGAAAUCAUCCUGACACUGGGCCAGGCAUUCGAGGUGGCCUACCAGCUGGCCCUGCAGGCCCAGAAGUCCCGGCCGAUGGGGGCUGCCGUGGCCGAGAUGAUCGAGACAAAAGCCUCCAAACCGGUGCCUAAGCCGCGGGUCUGCAUGAGGAAGUCCGCAGUGACGCUGCCCCCCGAUAGUCGCUGUUGUUACUGUCACACCUGCACCACCCACCGUCCUUCCUACCUACCGCUGCCGUCUGUUAGUCCUGGAGUCAAGCUGGAACCACCUGACAUGGACCAGGAGGUCCAUUCCCACGCCAGUGUCUCCUGGAUCGUGGACCCAAAGCCAGACUCUAAGCGGAGCCUCAGCACCAACUGAGCCACGAGGAACACACUGCUUCGGAAACAGACGUGGGGAGCGCAGGCUCCCGCCACCAUUGCACCUCGGGCCUGCAGCUCUGAAGACCAGGCCCGGCCCUGCCUGCAGGACCCGCUCCCAGCUGCAGCCUGGCCCCUGGCAGAUGAGACUGGAACUCCGGAGGGUCAAGAUGUGACUUGUCCACAAUACAUGUUUUUAGUAGAGAGAAGUUUUAUAAAAUGAACUUUUAACACUUGGCUCAAACCUCUAGGUAAACUGCCAGUCCUUAAGAUGACGGCGGGUUAGUCCACAGCCUUGUCCUCAGUGGGGCUCAGUGCAGCUGGGGUACGAGAAGGCAGCAGCCCAUGGGGAGCAGAAGGGAGCGGGCAUAGCAGAGCUACCCAGCCAAGGUAACUUGUUCACACUGCCCGACUUCUUGUCCUCAUUUUGAGCUACUUGGGCUCUUCAGCGUACACAGCCUCAGAUGCCUGACCAGAUUCCUGGUGUUUCUGGAGUUCAAACGUGAAGGUCCAGGGGCUGCUGGAGAGAAGCGAGUCAUUCUUGGUGCUGGGAAGCCAUGACUAGGCCAGGAACUCCCUUCCCACUCAUUUGGUGGUAAGCGGAGCACCCCUGGGGCCAGCUGCCCGAGCUUUCUCGCUCUCUAGUGACGUCUUGGUGGAACAGGCAGCUUUGUCUGGGGCGUUAAUGGGUAGAUCAGCAGAGAUGGCUACUUGCCACCUUGUGACUCAUCUAGUCGGGUCUGUGAUUAGGACUCGUUCUGAUUCUCUGAGUUACUUAGUUGACUGUUGUCUUCUCUGCUGCUGGGCUCAUCCCCAGCUCAAGGUAUGGAAAGGGUAGAUCAGGUGAUAGUCUGUUUACCCCACCCCACAAAGAGUGGCCUUGACGGCAGGCUGCUGCAUAACCUUACUGCUAACUUGCUUUGCUUUCAGCUGUAAGUGGGGCUUCCUUCUUGCCUCAAGGACAAAGGGAUUGGCUCUGUGGGGCAGCGAGGCCUAGCCGUAGCAGCUGUUUGUCCCCGUGGGGGAGGGGCACUGCCGUGGGUUUCCUGGCCCUGGUCCUUCUGGUCCCAGGAUGAACCUUCCAGCUGCAGAGGCAUGCGGUGCAAUUCAGAGUGCUCUUGGGCACCUCACAACACUGUGGGAGGCCCAGAGGAGGACGAGGGCUUGUUGUCCACUAGGCUGUGUGGGCUUCCAGAGUGCCCCACGCAGCAGGUACUGGGGUGCAGCUCCCCGUGGUGGAGGCAGGUUGCCCCCUAUACCUAGGUACUAACAGGGACCCUGACACCUGGAGUCUGCACUUCGUCACCUGCCUCUCAGGGUCCACGGUAACUCGUCCUUGCAGGAGUCCCGUAGACCAAGGGCCCUGUAGGCGGGUGGAGGUCCUGAAAACUCUUAAGACACUACACCGAGCUCCUCACACUAUCUGAUGUCUUUCAAUCACAGUACGCAUUUUUCCCCUUGAAGCUGCUAUAUCGUCACUAUUUAUUCAGGGUGUUUUCAUGUUGGAAAGCCUUGGCGAGGCUAUGCUGGCUCUGGGUCUUGUUUUGAGACAGGAUGGUUUCUUUGCGAAUGUUCAAGAAAGAAAAGUGACUGGAUCACUCUGCUCUGGCUUGCUUGCUCACUGUCUCCCUCACCCCUCCUCCUGGAAAGGGGCAGUGUGGCUGCCAGGACAGGCUCCAGGGAAAGGCCCUGCUCCACCCCGCUCUGAGUGCAGGUCUCUUGGCAUGGCAGCCGCUCCGGCGCCUGGGAGAGGAGCUCCCUCCCCAGGCUCCCGCUCGCUGCCUUGCUCCUGCCAGCUUUGCCCUCAGCACUGCCCGCCUCGGGUCUGGGUAUGGGUCUGAGCAGCAGCGUGGCACAGAGUGGCCGUUGUCAGGACGUCAGGACCUGUGCAGGCCUGCAAAGCACUGUGGCUCCUGCUGUGGCAAUGGACUGAAUUGUAAUAAAAUGUUAUUUAAUCUUUGUCUCUGUAUUUUGAUACUUGAAUGAUUUCCCUUUUGUGUUACUGUACAUAUAAUUGUUCAUCUGAUUUUGUCUGAAUUAUAAACAUCUUGUGGUACCAAACAUAACCAAUCUGUGCAACAUAGACUGACCUCACUACACACAAGAGUGUGAAUCGUCCUGGGCUUCCCGCUUUGGUUUUGUUUUCAUAACUGUACAACUUAGAAGAGACUGAAUUAAUAAAUGAGAAGCGACGUAAAGCCAGCCUUAC